CUUCGGAGGCGGGUGAUGGCGGCCGGAGGCCGGUGCUGGCGGCGGGCGGCGCGGGCCCUACGGGCGGCGAGCGGCUGGUGGCGGGCGGCGGCGCCCGGUGAGGCGGGGAGCGGAGCGGGCGGCUGGGCCUCUCCGAGGGCGGGCGGUGGGGUGAGGUUUGCCGGCGCCCGGGGUAGUCACCGUGUGAAGGUGCUAAACCUCGUAGGGGGCCAUGGCCUUCCCCGAGGGGCGGGGACAGUGGGGGCCUGCGCCGGGCUCACGGGCUGCGCCUCCUGGUCUGGUCCCGGCGCGGCGGAUGCCACCAGCCGCGGCCUCUGCACCGGCGGGGCGCCCGGCCUUUCCUACCAAGAGCUCAAAGACUUGAAGAAGACCGGCGUCCUCCACAUCGACGUGCGGGAGAGGUGGGAGAUCGACAGAUCCGGAAAAAUCCCAGCAUCCAUCAACAUACCGCUGGGUGAAUUAGUGGAAGCUCUACAAAUGGACCCAGCGGAGUUCAAGGAGCAGUACAAUCAAAAAAUGCCAACCAAGACAGACCUUGUGGUUUUCUCCUGUUUGGCAGGAACAAGAAGUAAACAAGCACUUGGUUUUGCCACGUCCUUGGGUUUCAGCAGAGUUCAGCAGUAUGCUGGUGGCUUUCAGGACUGGGUAAAACAUGAACCUCCAGAGAAAAAAUGACUGCCCCAACUGUUGCCCCAUCAAGGCUUCAGGAUGGUUUGUUGGUUUUAGCAAUCAAACUACGUGCAUUCCACUUCCAGAAUACAGCUAGCUCACUCCUGUUUUCUUGUGUAAAUGGACAUUCACCUCCAAAUAGCCAUGUAUAUCAAUUGCUUGGUUUAAAUUAUAUGUAAAGACUACAACAUGAACAGGGGACAUAAUAUUUGUUCAGUGUUUACUUUGGGCUAUGUUUUUUGGUGAAGGUAUAUGAAGAAAAACCUAAGUGCUUAUUACGCAUACCAAGAUUUUUGUAUGAUGUAGUUUAUGACUGUUUAAACUAUUGAUGAUAAGGCAAAUAAAAUUAUUCUUUUCCAAAUAA